AUGGGUAGCAGUUCUUCUAGGCAACAAGGUCCGAGUCGAUCACAGUCCUUGGUUUUAUACGACAACAAAAAAGCAAGCGAAGCCGUUGAGCAUGUCAGAAGCGAUUUUGUCGAUCCACGUAGUUUGGUGGACAAACUUCGUCCCGGAGACAUGAUUCAAGUGAAAGGAAACAUGGUCCAUCAGUGGUUCUACAGCCAUUUUGCGAUUUUCAUUGGUAAUGGCGAGAUAGUCCACGUUGAUUCUUCCGACAGUAUGUUAAAAAAAUGCGAUGUCGUAAGAAUACACAUGGUGGACGCGUUUAAAGGCAAACUGGUCAGGAAGAACAACCAUUUGGAUAACGCUGAUGGUUUUCGCGACAAGAUUCAAUCGCCUGGCCAAAUUGUGAAAACAGCGAGAGGUUGGGUUGGCAAGUUUUGGGAUUACAACUUCUACACCAACAACUGUGAGCAUUUUGUUACACUGUGUCGAUACGGCCGCCCGAUUAGUCUUCAAUCUAGUGGCAUCGGUGACUUGAUGUCUGGGAAGAUUACCACCAAGGAGUUUGUGGAUCACAGUGUGUACAGCAUCAAGGAGAAAGCGAGUACUUUGUGUGCCUGGAUCAAGCGUAAAGCGAGAGGCUUGUGGGAUGGGAUUGA